AGUUGGAAUCGACAUUGAACAAAAGGGAAGAGAGAAUCAGAAAGAACACUCGCAGGAGAAAAAGUUGAGAGAUGGCUAGAUACGAUCGAGCAAUCACGGUGUUCUCACCAGAUGGUCACCUUUUUCAAGUAGAGUACGCCUUAGAAGCUGUCCGGAAAGGUAACGCCGCCGUCGGAGUCCGCGGAGCCGAUACCGUCGUCCUCGCCGUCGAGAAGAAAUCCACCCCUAAGCUCCAGGAUACAAGAUCAGCCAGAAAGAUUGUGAGUCUUGAUAACCACAUUGCCUUAGCCUGUGCUGGGCUGAAGGCAGAUGCUCGUGUCCUGAUUAACAAAGCGAGGAUCGAGUGUCAAAGCCACAGGCUUACGUUGGAGGAUCCAGUGACUGUUGAGUACAUCACUCGUUACAUAGCUGGGCUUCAACAGAAGUAUACUCAAAGUGGUGGUGUCAGACCCUUUGGUCUUUCCACUCUUAUUGUUGGUUUCGACCCCUACACUCGUAUACCUGCGCUUUAUCAGACUGAUCCAUCUGGUACGUUCUCUGCUUGGAAGGCUAAUGCAACCGGGAGAAACUCAAACUCAAUCAGGGAGUUUCUGGAGAAGAAUUAUAAAGAGACCUCGGGACAAGAGACUGUUAAACUAGCAAUCCGUGCUCUGCUUGAGGUAGUUGAGAGUGGUGGAAAGAACAUUGAGGUUGCUUUAAUGACAAGGGAGGAAGGUACUCUGAAGCAGCUAGAAGAAGCUGAAAUCGAUGCUAUUGUGGCUGAGAUUGAAGCUGAGAAGGCGGCCGCAGAAGCAGCCAAGAAAGCCCCUUCAAGGGAAACAUGAGUCUGAUCUUACAGUCUCGGUUUCUAAAUUCUGGUGUUGGUUCAAAGUAAGAUAUUUGAGGGUUGAAUACAAAAAAUCUGGACUGCUUUUAGUUCAGUGUUGUUGGAUUAUUAGCCUGUUUGACAUUCUUCGUUAUUUUGCUAUUUUAUGCAUGAAUGUUUGACUGAGUUUUUUUUUUU